AUGCUGUCGACGCCGCGCGCGCGCGCGGCGCCGCGCGCGGCGAGGGCGACGCCCGGGGCGGGACGACGCGGCGAGGGAUCGCGCCGCAUCGGCCGCGCGCGGGCGGUGUCGGAACCGAAGCCGGCGAGCGAGAUCGACUGGAACGCGAUCGGAUUCGGACUCACGCCGACGUCGCACAUGUUCGUCGCGACGUGCGAUCUGGGCGGGACGUGGAGCGCUGGUGAGGUGGUGCCGUUCGGGAACCUCUCGCUGAGCCCCGCGGCGGCGGUGCUGAAUUACGGACAAGGCGUGUUCGAGGGCAUGAAGGCGUUCAGGACGAAGGAUGACGAACUAUUGGUGUUUAGACCGGAUGAGAACGCGGCGAGGUGCGAGGAGGGCUCGUUGAGGAUGUCGAUGCCUCCGGUGCCGAGGGAUCUUUUCCAACAGGCGGUGAUGAAGACGAUUAGCGCGAACGCCGACUACGUGCCGCCGGUUGGGCUCGGAUCGCUCUACUUGCGACCGCUUUUGAUCGGUACCGGGGCUAUUCUGGGUUUGGGACCGGCGCCGAGCUACACGUUUCUGGUGUACUGCUCACCGGUGGCGUCGUACUUCAAGGGGGGACAGCUCACGCCCAUCGACCUCACCGUGGAGGAGACGUACCAUCGCGCCGCGCCCGGGGGCAGCGGGAGCACGAAGUGCAUCGGUAACUACUCCCCGGUGCUCAAGGUCCAACUGGAAGCCAAGCGUCAGGGCUUUUCUGACGUCAUGUAUCUCGACGCGAGGGAGAACAAGUACAUCGAAGAGGUGAGCUCGUGCAACUUUUUCUGCGUCAAGGGCAACACCAUCUCCACACCGGCGCUUCAGGGCUCGAUUCUUCCGGGGAUCACUCGCAAGUCCAUAUGCGAAAUGGCCGCCGCGCGCGGCUUCAAGGUCGAAGAGCGUAACGUCUCGAUCGAGGAGGUCAUGGACGCGGAUGAGUGCUUCUGCACUGGCACCGCCGUCGUCGUCGCGCCGGUCGGAUCCAUUACGUACAAGGGAAAGAAAGCCCAGUUCUGCGACGGUAAAACUGGUCCGGUGACCCAAGCCAUGUACGACGAGCUCACUGGUAUCCAACAGGGUCGCAUCCCCGACGAACGCGGCUGGAACGUCAAGGUUCCAAAGGAUUUCCACCUCUGA